GUAUCCAGUACAUUGGAAUCCGGAAUCCUUGUUUAUCGUUUCGUUGUUUGCCUGUUUUUGAGCUCCGCGGUACUGAUUCAAAGUUUUAAGUUUCACGGCUGGAAUUCACUAUUUACAUAAGAAAUGGGCGAUCGUUACAACAUUCACAGUCAAUUGGAGCAUCUGCAGAGCAAGUAUAUCGGAACGGGACACGCGGACACCAACAAGUUCGAAUGGCUCACUAAUCAGCAUCGUGAUUCACUGGGCAGUUACUUAGGACACUACGAUAUGCUUAGCUACUUCGCGGUUGCAGAAAACGAAUCCAAAGCACGCAUACGGUUUAAUAUUAUGGAAAAAAUGCUGCAGCCUUGCGGUCCACCGCCAGAAAAACCCGAUGAAUAAAUUGAUACUUUUAAUAUAAAAUAGAA